AAUUUCUUUCUCAAAGGGUAAAUAACGCAAAGGGAAGAAGAAGAUUCUGUUUGGUUUCCGAGAAAGCGUGGGGAAAAGGAAAAAAGAAAGCUUGGAGUCUAAUCUUACAACUAGAACUCUUGAGGAAUACCCAGUUGAUAAAUACAUGCAUUGGAGUUCAAGUUGCUUUUUUAGUGGGAAAUUAAGCUCUGGAAUUCAUGCAAGUUGGAUGUCAAAAUGUUAUGCUGUAAGUGUAGAUUAUGAUUCAUCCAAAGUCAGGCAGCAACUAACUCAGCAAUUUCUCAGAAUGGGCCAACAACUUUUACGUUUGUGUCUGCUUGAAGCCAGGAGAUUGAUAUGGCUCGCGGGCAUGAUGUUUGCGGUGAUUUUCGCGUUAUACCAUUUUGAAUUUCCGUUUGGUUAUGUUCUGUCAUCUUCAUCUUCAUUUUCUGCUGGUAAGGUCUCACUAGUUCCCAACAGUCACUCCCAUUCUGGAGAUUCACCGUCUAAAUCUGAGGUGGUUGGUAACAUGACAAUUUCAAUUAGUUCAAACUCCCCAAGUACAUUUUUCACUCAAGAGAGAGCUAAUUGGACCUCCGAAGGAAGGGACAGAAACCCAGAGAAUGCUUCUGUGUCGGAUAGAAGUGAGAGUUCAUCUAUGAAUUCAUCACCAAAUGCAACUUCUCCACCAGUCGUGAAUAAAAAUAUUAGUACACCUAUUGUCAAUUCUAAUAUAUCAACAUUAGAGAGUGAAAGAACAAAAACAUUUGACAUUAAUGAAAACUCUAGGAAAUCGCAAAAAUACCUCACCCCGUCGGGCAAUAAUUCUUACCCGAACAGAGUUCCCAAGCUGAAUAAAGGGCUUGAGAUGCCAGACUCUUCAGCAGUUUCAAUAUCUGAGAUGAAUGGUUUACUGCUUCAGAAUCGUGCUUCAUACAGAUCAAUGGCACCAAGGUGGUCUGCAGUAGUUGACCGGGAACUGCUAAAUGCAAAGUCGCUGAUUGAGAAUGCACCCAUCAUAAAAAAUUAUCCAAAUAUUUAUGCUCCUCUUUAUAGGAAUUUUUCCAUGUUCAAAAGGAGCUAUGAGUUAAUGGAAGAAACUCUCAAAGUAUACGUUUACAGGGAAGGAGAAAAACCUGUAUUACACCAGCCACGACUCAAUGGAAUAUAUGCAUCUGAGGGAUGGUUCAUGAAGCUGCUGGAAGCUAACAAAAAAUUUCUUACUAGAAACCCUAGGAAAGCCCAUCUGUUUUACUUACCCUUCAGCUCACAAAUGUUGGAGGAGACAUUAUAUAUAGCUAAUUCACACAGCUUUGACAACCUCAAACAGUAUUUGAAGAACUACUUGAACUUGAUUACAGCGAAAUAUCCUUUCUGGAACAGAACUGGAGGAGCAGAUCAUUUUCUUGUUGCUUGCCAUGACUGGGCCCCAACUGAAACAAACCAACUUAUGGCUAAUUGCAUAAGAGCUCUCUGCAAUGCUGAUGUCAAAGGAGGUUUUGUUUUAGGGAAGGAUGUGUCUCUUCCAGAAACAUUAGUACGCUCGUUUCGGAGUCCACUCCGGGAUCUUGGAGGCAAACCUCCUUCCCAGAGGUCAAUUCUUGCUUUCUUUGCAGGAAGCAUGCAUGGAUACGUGCGGCCAAUUCUAUUACAGCACUGGGAAAACAAAGAUCCUGACAUGAAAAUCUUUGGUCGAAUGCCCAAGUCCAAGGGCAAUAAGAACUAUAUCCGUCAUAUGAAGAACAGCAAGUAUUGUAUAUGUGCAAAAGGUUAUGAAGUCAACAGCCCACGCGUCGUAGAGGCCAUAUUUUAUGAGUGUGUCCCUGUGAUUAUAUCUGACAAUUUUGUGCCCCCAUUUUUUGAAGUUUUGAACUGGGAUUCUUUUGCUGUUUUUAUCUUGGAGAAGGAUAUUCCGAAUUUGAAGAGUAUACUCCUUUCGAUCCCAGAGAAGAGGUAUCUCGAGAUGCAAAUGGGGGUGAAAAAGGUACAAAAACAUUUUCUUUGGCAUGCCAAGCCUGAGAAGUAUGAUAUCUUUCAUCUGGUUCUCCACUCUGUUUGGUACAACAGACUUCAUCUAAUAAGCCUCAGAUGACAAAGAAACAUUGCAGAGAUAUACAUACUGUGUUUUUGUUGUUGGAUUCAGAGAACCCGUGCUGGGAAAAGUAGAAUAUUAAGGAAAAGGAGGGUGGUUUUGGUGCAAGAACAGUUAGUAAAUUCGUCGAUGUAUAUAUCUUAGAACAACAAAGUCAAUUUGCUGAAUAUAUACCUUUCUCACUUAUCAGUACUGCUUCUCUCCUUUGUCGAACGGCAGAAAAUUCGGUGGUAAUUUUUUAGUUCUUUCAAGUUUCCUUUGAACAUUUCACAUUUCUAAUAAAUUUAUUUUCCCAGAGUAAUGCUAUGUAGCUAAGAGGAA